UUCCUACCCCUAACAGAUGCGGCCACUGCUCUUUCACAAAAGGUAGAUAGAAUACAUCCACAGUAACAAAUCCAUCUCGCAUAACACGGCGAAAUGGAACGUCAUAUUUAUAACAACAGAGUCGACAACGACGAGAUAUGAGUAGCCCGCAGGGCAGAGCGCACUCACUGCAUUUCUAAUGCGUGUGGCUGCUGGGCCUGGAAACGGGAAUGAUCGUAAAUGAUUGUCAGCCCCUGGAGUGAGUAAAGGGGGUUGGGCUAGAGCGCCGAGUGUGGGUGAAUCCGGUCCGAGUCCCGCCAGUCGCUCCGAGAGAGCCGAGCUGAGAGACGCGCGUUCACACAGACAAGGCAGAGGGAAGAACGCUGAUGCGCAACUAGACAACUAUAAUACUAGAAUAACCUUCUGACCACCUCGACUCUCCAGCUCCAUCCCUCUCACGGUCCUACUGGGCAGAGCCUGAUCAUUUUUGUUGUUGAUUCAAAUCCAUCCCUUUUUUUGAUUUUUGAUUUCUCCCUGGGAAUACUGUUAUUACGCCACUUGCACCGUUUAAGAAAUUUAGGGUUUUCUAUAGAGGUGAUUCGACCAUGGGGAAUGGAUACGGAACCGGACCAAAGAUGGAGGCCUUGUGCUUGAACCCAGGCAGUCGCCUAAGAGCAAAGCCAACAGACGCAGCUCUGAACCACUGACCGAAAAAAACCCAGAGGAUCAGAUAUUUCCUUGGGCUCAUACCUGCACACGCUACGUGGAAAUUGGUUAUUUUAUCCGGCCAUCUUUGAAGUACCCUUGGUGGAGAAACAAUAUAUUCAGUCCAUUAUCGACAUUAGAUCUUCAUCCGCCACUGCAAAAAAAAGGCCAAGAAAACGGAUAUUGCGCUCCAGUGUGGACCGCGGACCUAGCACAUGGAAUAUACCUCAACAGCAGAUAUCUCAAGAAGCAGUAGCACCAAAAUUUAAAAUAACCUGAUGUUAUUAUCACUUUGAGGAUCUAUUUCCAAUUGAAACCCCCUUCUCCCUCCCUCCAACACCGGAUCGUGAUACCGUUCGCCAACAUGAAUCCCUGUUGCCUCCCGGGUCUCCUCCUGCCACUGCUGGCCGUGGCGCUGGCCGGCACGCUGGGUCUGAGCGGCGCCCUGGAGUUCACCGGCGCUGAGGGCCAGUGGGCCCGCUACAUGCGCUGGGACGCCAGCAGCCGGAGCGACCUCACCUUCCAGUUCAAGACCUCCGCGCCCGACGGCCUUGUCCUGUACUUCGACGACGGCGGCUACUGCGACUUCCUGCUGCUGGCGGUGGCGGCCGGCCGGCUGCAGCUCCACUUCAGCAUCGACUGCGCCGAGACCACCGUCGCGUCCGACAAGGCGGUGAACGACAGCCGCUGGCACUUCGUGGCCGUCGGGCGCGACAACCUGCGCACGGCGCUCACCCUGGACGGGGUGACCAAGGCGGACGAGGUGCGACCCCAAAGGCACUUCAUGAAGAUCGUCAGCGACCUGUUCCUGGGCGGGCUGCCGGGGGACAUCCGCAUGUCGGCCAUCACCCUGCCGUCCGCGGGACAGCUGCCGCCGUUCAGGGGGAUUAUCCGGGAGCUGAGCUACGGCAGCGGGCCGCCCAGGUUGAUCAACAGUCAGAAGGUGCGCUUGGAUCUGCUGGGCCUGUGCACGGAGAACCCCUGCGAGAACGGGGGGAGCUGUUCUCUGGCCGACGGGGAGCCCUACUGCGACUGCUCCAAGACGGGGUACAUGGGGCGCCACUGCACUGAAGCAGUACAGAGAACACCAGGCCUGGCACACCUGAAGGCAGAGCAAGCGAGGGAGGAGAACGUCGCCACCUUCCGCGGCUCCGAGUACUUCUGCUACGACCUUUCCCAGAACCCCAUCCAGAGCAGCAGCGACGAGAUCACUCUGUCCUUCAAGACGUGGCAGCGCAACGGCCUUCUGCUCCACACGGGCAAGUCGGCAGACUACGUCAACCUGGCGCUGAAGGAUGGCGCCGUGUCCCUCGUCAUCAACCUGGGCUCCGGGGCCUUCGAGGCCAUCGUGGAGCCCGUCAACGGGAAGUUCAACGACAACUCGUGGCACGAUAUCAAAGUGACGCGCAAUCUGCGACAGCAAUCAGGCAUUGGACACGCUAUGGUGACCAUCUCCGUGGAUGGCAUCCUCACCACCACAGGCUAUACCCAGGAAGACUACACCAUGCUGGGCUCAGAUGACUUCUUCUACGUGGGCGGGAGCCCCAGCACCGCGGACCUGCCAGGGUCCCCGGUCAGCAACAACUUCAUGGGCUGCCUCAAAGAGGUGGUGUACAAGAACAACGACAUCCGCCUGGAGCUGUCCCGCCUGGCGCGCAUCGUGGACCCCAAGAUGAAGCUCCAGGGCGACGUGGUGUUCCGCUGCGAGAACGUGCCCACCCUGGACCCCAUCAACUUCGAGACGCCCGAGUCGUCUGGCCUGCCCAAGUGGAACACCAAGCGGGUGGGCUCCAUCUCCUUCGACUUCCGCACCUCCGAGCCCAACGGGCUCAUCCUGUUCACCCACGGGAAGCCUCAGGAUCGCCGGGGCGGAGACGCCACGCCCGCCGCUGCCGCCGCCGCCGCCGCCAAGGGCCAGAAGAACAACAACAAGGUGGAUUUCUUCGCGGUGGAGCUGCUGGACGGGGGGCUGUACCUGCUGCUGGACAUGGGCUCAGGGACCAUCAAGGUGAAGGCCACCGUGGCCAAGGUCAACGACGGGGCCUGGUACCACGUGGACAUCCAGAGGGACGGGCGCUCAGGCAUCAUCUCGGUGAACAGCCGCCGCACGCCCUUCACGGCCAACGGAGAGAACGAGAUCCUGGACCUGGAGGGGGACCUGUACCUUGGGGGUCUCCCCGACAGCCGGCCCGGCCUGGUGCGCCCCACCGAGCUCUGGACGGCCAUGCUCAACUACGGCUACGUGGGCUGCGUGCGCGACCUCUUCAUCGACGGCCGCAGCAAGGACGUGCGUCAGAUCGCUCAGUCGCAGAACAUGACGGGCAUCCGGCCCUCCUGCAGCAAGAUGGCCGCCAAGCAGUGCGACGCCAAGCCCUGCAAGAACCAAGGCGCCUGCAAGGAGGGGUGGAACCGCUACGUCUGCGACUGCACCGCCACUGGCUUCUGGGCCAGCACCUGCGAACGGGAGGCCUCGGUGCUAUCCUACGACGGCAGCAUGUACAUGAAGGUGGUGAUGCCCACCACCAUGCACACGGAGGCUGAGGACGUGUCCCUCCGCUUCACGUCCCAGCGGGCAUUCGGCCUGCUCAUGGCCGCCACAUCGCGCGACUCGGCCGACACGCUCCGCCUGGAGCUGGACAGCGGCCGGGUCAAGCUCACCGUCAACUUAGGCAAGGGUCCGGAGGUGAUCUACGCUGGUCAGAAACUCAACGACAACGAGUGGCACGCGGUCAGAGUGGUACGCGCGGGAAAGAACUUCAACCUCACCGUGGACGAGGACGUAGCUGAAGGUCAGAUGGCGGGCGACCACACCCGCCUGGAGUUCCACAACGUGGAGACGGGCAUCCUGACGGAGAAGAAACGCUUCGUCUCCUCCUCCCCCUCUUCCUUCAUUGGUCAUCUGCAGGGCCUGAAGUUCAACGGCAUGCAGUACAUCGACAUGUGCAAGAACGGCGACAUCGACUUCUGCGAGCUCAACGCCCGCUUCGGCAUGCGCUCCAUCAUCGCCGACCUGACCUUCAGGAGCAAGGGCAGCUACCUGGGCCUGGCCACGCUGCAGGCCUACACCACCAUGCACCUCUUCUUCCAGUUCAAGACCACCUCCUCCGACGGCUUCAUCCUGUUCAACAGCGGCGAUGGCAACGACUUCAUCGCUGUGGAGCUGGUCAAAGGGUUCAUCCACUAUGUGUUUGACCUGGGCAACGGGCCCAGCCUGCUGAAGGGGAACAGCGACAACCAGCUGAACGACAACCAGUGGCACAACGUGGUGAUCACUCGGGACGGCACCAACACGCACACCCUAAAGGUGGACUCCAAGUCGGUCACGCAGAAUGUCAACGGAGCCAAGAACCUGGACCUCAAAGGUGAUCUGUUCAUCGGGGGCCUGGGCCCCAACAUGUACCAGAGUCUCCCCAAGCUGGUGGUCUCCCGCGAAGGCUUCCAGGGCUGCCUGGCCUCCGUGGACCUCAACGGGCGCCUGCCCGACCUCAUCAACGACGCCCUGUUCCGCAGCGGGCAGGUGGAGCGCGGUUGCGAAGGUCCCAGCACCACCUGUCAGGAGGACUCCUGCACCAACAUGGGCGUGUGCAUCCAGCAGUGGGAGAACUUCACCUGCGACUGCACCAUGACGUCCUACACCGGGACCCACUGCAAUGACCGUGAGUCCCCCGAUACGCCCGCCUCCUGAGGCCCCCGCAACGCCACGCUGUGUCCCCUGCCCUGUUG